CCCCUCAUCUCUUUCGAGCUUCCUUACUUAAAAGUCCCAAGUAAGAUUUAACAAAGCUAUGGUUGGUUUCUUGCAACACUGGCUUCCUUCGCUCUUCUUGUUUCCCCGUUAAUGGCUUCCGUGAAUCGUUUCGUUCGACGAACUUAAUCUCAAAGUAGCCUGAAGGAGCUCCAUUACUCUUGGAGCUGGGGAGUAUGUGUUUGAGCAUUUCAAAUCUGGUUCCAUAGUCAUCUUUUCUGCGUUUGGGCACCGACAGCACUAGUUGGAGGCAGGUGCAUUUCUGCAACAUCUGUGGAAUUGGCAAGAUGGUGAAAAAAAAGAACCCUCUUGUGUUCUUGGACACAUCCAUUGAUGGGGAUCCUGCUGAAAGGAUUGUUAUUGAGCUUUUUGCAGAUGUGGUUCCUAAGACUGCAGAGAAUUUCCGAGCACUUUGUACUGGUGAGAAAGGUAUAGGCACUUCUACUGGGAAACCUCUGCACUACAAGGGAACAAUCCUACACCGCAUUAUUAAAGGAUUUAUGGCUCAGGGGGGUGAUUUUUCGAAGAGAGAUGGCACUGGUGGAGAAAGUAUAUAUGGAGGAAAGUUUGCAGAUGAGAACUUUAAGCUGCUUCAUGAUGGACCUGGUAUUCUCUCUAUGGCAAAUGCUGGUAAAAACACAAAUGGGUCUCAAUUUUUUAUCACAUUCAAGCCUGCACGGCAUCUUGAUGGAAAACAUGUUGUUUUUGGAAAAGUUGUGCAAGGAAUGGACAUUGUUAGAAAACUUGAACAGGUGGGCACAGAGCAGGGGAAACCAACAGCUCCUGUGAAAAUUGUGGACUCUGGUGAAUGUUCUGGAGUAGAUAAAGAAAAAAAGAAGAAGAAAGCAGGAAAGACUCUUUCUUCUGAUGAUGAUUCUGAGAAGAGAGGAAGGGGGAAACAUAAGAAGUCUGUUAAGGACAGAAGGAAGAGGAAAAGAAGAUACUCUUCAUCUGAUUCAUACAGCUCUGAUACAGAUUCGGACUCCUAUACUGACAGUGAUUCGCAUUCAGAUUCUUCCAUGUCAGAGUCCAGUUCCAGUUAUGAAAGGCGUAGGAAGAAGAAGAAACUGUCUAAAAGAGAUAGGCACCGUUAUGGGAAAAAGAGAAAGGAUCGGCGAAGGGAGAAGAGGCGAAGACGCCGUGAUAAAAGAUCAAAACGCAAAUACAAGCGAAGUUCAGAUAGUUCCAGUGAAUCAGAGACUGAUGAUACUAGUGGAAGUAGCUCGGACGAUGAAAAAAUUGAUCAGCGAGGAAAGCGGCCCACUCCACCUGUACCUGCAAAAGAAGCAAUUUUAGAUAAGCAAAAGAAAGAAGAGCUGAAGACCACUGAGGAAAAUUCGUCACAUGAAGAGGGUGAAUUUGCCAGAGAGAACGGAGAAUCGUUGAACAAUGGGCUUGGUAAGAAAACCAAACCUGACAAAAUUGUGAAUCAACCUCCUGAUUCAGAUGAUAACUCAAACAAAUCCAGGAGUCCAACUAUCAGCCCUAAGAGUGAUGCGAGCAUGAGUCCUAAAAGAAGUCCAAGGAAGAGUCCAAGAUUGCGAAGUAUCAGCCGAAGUCCUGCUAGACGGUCCAAUGGGCAUAAUCGUGCUAGUUCUUCUAGGAGUCCAAUAAGGAGCCCUGUCCGUAAAACUCCUCAACCUUCUACUUCUAAUCGUGGUAGGAGUUUGUCAAGAAGCCCUUCUCCUGAUGGUACUUCAAAACGUAUUAGGAGAGGUCGUGGUUUCAGCGAGCGCUAUUCUUAUGCACGUCGAUACCGGACCCCAUCUCCAGAGCGCUCUCCUCCGAGCUUCCACCGGUAUGGUGGGAGAAAUGUGCCAGAUAGGUACCGGGAUAGGUAUUCAAGCUACCGAAGUUAUAAUGAGCGCUCACCUCCAAGACGUAACAGAAGCCCACCAAGAGGCAGGAGUCCCCCCAGAUACCGAAGCAGCAGGAGAAGUCAUAGUAGGAGCAUCUCACGCAGCCCAGUUGGUUACCGUGGCCGUGGAAGAGAUCGCAGCCAGAGCCCUAGACGUAGUCCAAGUCCAGUGAAUGAGAGGCCUACAAUCAGUGACAAGCUCCGGUCACGGCUUGGGCCCAGAGAUGAUGACCGCCUUCCAGAAAAAGGGAGAUCACGAUCAAACUCAAGGAGCCGCCAGAAAUCUCAUUCUAGGUCUUCAGCUGAUGCAGGUCCAGGCCAUCUUGGGCCCAAGACAACCUCACGAUCCCCCAGCAGAUCUAGAUCCAGUUCCCCGCAUGGACGGAAGAGUUUGGUUUCCUAUGGUGAUGCAAGUCCUGAGGCUGGGUCACGGUAGUUCGGACAAAAAUCUAAGAUCACCAAGCAUGGUUGCGAACGUUUACAGAGUGACAUUUCAUCUGUGUUCUCAUUUGGGUCGAGAAUUUUGGUCUGUAAGACGUGGAAGUUUUAUUUUUUUCCUUCUGGUUUCACCUUGCUUAUGGAUAGCGUAAUCUGAAUGGUAUCCGGAGGGGACACCCUUUGAGGCUUUAUUUUUGUUGUCUUGUUUCAUUUCCAGUGUGAAACGAGAUAGCUUGGCCAACUUGUCAGAGAGUUUAACAUUUGGGUGCAUUUGAUAAUCUUCUCAGGAGGGAUUUAAAGA